AACACGUCGUUCAGAUUCUUUCAUUAUUUUCGUUACAUCAUCUUUGUUCACUUGAAACUAUCAACCAGAGCUUAGCUAAGUAUGUUAUUUUUAUUGUCAUUCAUUAGCCAAUUGAUAAUGAAUGCGUCAGUGUUCAUGAUCAAAUUGAGGAGGAAAAUCUCAUGUAGGAUUUACCUCCUCAAAUCUGUGUUUCUGUUAGUGGGAUGGUGGCUAGUCUUCUGUCUGAUCAUUACUACGGGAUACAGUUCAUCACUGAUCGCCCAUAUAACUGUACAAAGGAAGACUAGACCCAUAGAGACCAUGGAGGAUCUGGCGAAGCAGGACAACUGGAAAUGGGGCACCGAGCCCUGGCUCCUUAAAGGGGUACCUGCCGAAUAUUUCUCUAAGCAUCCUGACCCUAUUAUACAGCACAUAUAUAAGAACAUGGAGAUGGUGUCAAGGGAAGAGGCGCUGAGGAAGAUACUGGAGGGUCACUAUACUUUAAUUGUUUGGGAGAAUAACCUCAUCAUUACCAUUGCCUCCUACUACACUGACUCCCAUGGUAACACACCAUACUUUAUCAGCAAGAAAGGUGUCUCCAUAAUGGCUGCCUUUGGAUGGGGCUUUAGAAGAGGUGCACCUUUCUACUCACGUUUUCAUCAGCUUAUGUCGCGACUGGAAGAUGCUGGAAUUAUAAAAUACUGGACUGAGGACGUGAUAGCCAGACGUGUGAGGGAGAACAGGGCAGCUGCUGCCCUCAGUCCUCAAGUUGUUCUGGAGAAUACACACAUGGGUGACAGUAAAGAAAUAGUGCUUGGAAUGCAACACAUGCAGGGCGCCUUCUACCUAUUGUUCCUGGGCUGCUUCCUCGCCAUCCUGAUCCUGCUGUGGGAGAACGUCGCCCACGCCUUCUUCUCACCUUAGUAUCUCUCAUAGCAUUACCAAACCUCCGACCAAGCAUUAUUGACUGGUAAUGAGCUGGUGGCCCUCGUAUAGUCGAUAGGCUUCCAACCCCAUUAUACAACCAACCUAUAAAUUGUAUAUUGCAUCUCCUAGGAAUGAUUCCUCGAAGACAAUGUAUCUAAGCCCAGAAACAACGGACAGCCAGGUUCUAAAUGGGUGAUUGUUGAUUGUCUCGUACAUUAUCUACAAUCCAAUGUUAAUCACACAAGCACAAUAACAUUUGCAUAGAUAAACUACACAAACACACACCCGCACUUAAAUAUAUGAAUAUACACAAACACAAAAUAAAUAAAUGUCAAACAUUUUAGCCAGACAAAACAAUUAACGAGCUUAACGGUGAACUUUGCCUUGAUCUGCCGGGACUGCGCGGAGCUCCUCGCCUAUAAAUAUGCCUGGCUGACUCUGCUAGAAUCAUUAUUAGGUGUGACAUCAGCAAGAGGUGACCACAGACCUGGAAGCCAUUGCAUCAGCCAAUACCAUGGAAAAACGAAAAAUAAAAAUUGUGACGCGAACAGCUGAACGAGCCAAGAUUGUGACGAUGUGGCUUUGGGGCAUGACAGCGAGAGACAUAUCCCUAGAGAGUGGCAGCAGUGUCUCCACAGUGUACAGGUGGAUCCGUCGCUGGCGAGACUAUGGAACGCUGGAGACUCAAUCUCACUGCAGAUCACUCUCCCUCUACCGUACCUACCCAGUCUCUCAGCUCAGUAGCAGGGAACCUUGCUGCUCUAAUUCGUUUCCCUGGCUUUAUCAUCAAGAGAAUAAUUCUCCGCUUCGCUGGAAAAUUAUUUCGCAAGACUAUUGUGCGAGAACUUUGAUUUAAUUCGGGAAAAAUUACGAAUUAUUAGCAAUAUUAACGAAGUGUAAAUUAAAUUUGUUUACAAUGGUAUGUCCGCUUAGUGAAUCCAAAAUUAGAAAAAUGUACUCUUGCAGGGAAUUUAGCUAUCAUAAAUGUGUUAUCUGUGGUCUAUAACUAACAUUUUCAUUAUUCUUCAACUGGCUUAAAAGACCUAAACAAUCCAGUUUGCUUUAAGAUUCUUCUUAGAUCGAAAUUGAUAUUCAUUGGUGAUAAACAUUGGAAAUUUUUGAAUUAUAUUUGUUAAGUUUAGCAAUAAACUUUGUAGGAUACUCUGCAGUUUAUGUGAGAAAGUUUAUUUGCGUUCUGAACUGGAAAAAUAACUGUGAGACACUUCAGCAAUAAAUUAAUUUUAAAA